CUUGGGCACAUCGUUUAUCUCGUUUGACAAUGUCAUUGAUUUCGAACCAAUUUUACCUUAAAUUUUUUAAGCAUUUACCUUACGAUUUUCAUAUACGACAGUUUAAUAUCUUAGGAAACUGUAGAGAUACGGGAACGUAUUCCAAAACGGGGAAAUAAUGCCACGCGGAAAGAAGAAAGGUGGACGGAAGAAUGCCGACUCUCGGCCUCCAAGUGACGAGGAGUAUGACACAGCUGAUAAUCUCAGCACAGUCAGUGUCCAGUCCGAUGACAUUGGCAGUAUUGCCGAAGAAGUAGGUGAGACUGGGGAAGUGGAUGAAACCACAGCACAAGAGGAGUUGGAGGAGAAACUGAAGGAAUGUAUUGAUGAUCUGACACAGAAAAGUUCCAAAGUGAGACUAACUUGUCUAGGUGGAAUUCAGAGAGCAUUGUCAAAGAAGUAUUUAUACACUUUCUUGACUGAGAGGAAGGAAACCUUAACUGAUUGUCUGGGGCGAUGCAUGAAGAAGGGGAAAGGAGAGGAGCAGGGUCUGGCAGCAACUUGUGCAGCUUUGCUAUGCAUUCAGCUAGGUCAAGAAGGGGAGACCACUCUGCAGGAACUCCGGCCUAUUAUGUCUGCCAUACUCACUGACAACUCAGCCUCUCUCAAAGCCAGGGCUAAGUGUGCCAUUGGACUUGCAAUGUGCAGUUUCAUUGCCAGUAAUGACAUUCAUGAGAUUAUGGAAGUGAUGGACAAACUGAAGACAAUUUUUAAGGCGUCCUAUAAACGUGGAGACCAGAGCAUUCCUAGUCACACUGCAGAUGUUUGUGCCCUUCACACUGCUGCCCUAGAGGGUUGGAGUUUUCUCCUGACAUUAGCCCCAAACCACCUUGUCAGCAAAGUAAUUGACAGUGAGCUCCCUAAACUGCCAGACCUGUUGGACAGUCCAGAUGUGGACCUUCGCAUUGCAUCAGGGGAGACAAUUGCGCUGCUGUACGAGUUGGCACGUGAAGACGACGAAGAGUUUGAAGGGGAUGACCUGGAAGGUCUCUGUGAUAGGCUUAAAAAACUGGCCACUGACAGCAACAAAUUCCGUGCAAAGAAAGACCGUCGCCAGCAGCGUUCUAGCUUUCGAGACAUUCUUCGAGCUGUGGAGGAAGGGGAUGCCCCAGAGACAUCUGUACGGUUUGGUAGGGAGACUUUAGACUUAAUGAGUUGGGUCCAUAAACGCCAGUAUGACGGUCUAUGUAGUGCUUUAGGAACUGGAAUGAACCAGCACUUGCUUGAAAAUGAUCUAAUUCGGGAUGUGUUUGGGCUGGUCCCAAUUCCCAUCAGUUCUCAGCCCAUACAGAAAGUCAGCAGAACACAAAGGCAUUUGUUCAAUGCAGCAGCCUUUAAAGCCAGGACCAAGGCCAGGGCAAAGUACAGAGACAAACGAGCUGUAACAGCCAAUGGGUCGUAUUGACAUCAAAAUGAAAGUAAAACCUCUCAUUGUAUUCUGACUGUUGUAACGCAAGCUUGUGACUCACUGAUACAAUAGCAGUAGAUAGUCAGCAUGUGGGCCAUGUCUUGUGUACCCACAUCUGUCUCAAUGUGUGGUAGAGCAUUUCUGAUCGUGGACACUGUGAAAAUCAAAAGGAUGUUGUAUAGCAGAUGUUCAUGAUGUAAUCCAUCAUACAGAGCCAUUGGGAACCAGGAGUGAGAAGUGUGUGAAACUAUUUACCUUCUAUCUUCUCCAUACAUGAAGGCAACUUAUCAACAUUGUCACUGUACUAUAUAUUGAGAAUUUUUAUGGUAAUGUUGGAGAGAAAUAAGAAUUCUUUCAAAGCAUAAUUACUGACUUUGUGGUAAAAAUGGUCUGAUUUCACAGAGGGUGAUAGUCAUUAUCACCUGUCAGUAUAUGUAUAUUAAAUACACACGGCUGUUUUUACAAGGUUUAGUGCUGGAGAAAGUUGUUUACCGCAAAUUCUCAAAAAAAUUUGAAAUGUCUAUCAGUUUGUAUGUGGAAAUAUUAAAGGUAUAAUUAGCUCAUCUCAUGGUAGAGAUUUUAAGGUUUUGAAUUUUUCUAAUAAUUGAUAUACAUGUACCUGGCAUUUAUGCCAUUGACACAAUCUCAGUCAAUGAAGUAAGAGAUGCAUGAUUAUAGCAAAAGAAAGAAAGAAAUAUUUCAGGAUAUUAUAUAUACAUAUAUCUAUGUUAAAUUUGUUUGGUGUGUCAUGAAUUGCACUGCAUAAAUGAACCUAAACCUCCGCUCCAUAAUUGACAGAAAAGUGGGUAGGACAUGAAAUUAGCCUACAAUUCUGAUAAAAUUUUAAGUAAAGGAUGGUUUCAACUACUCAGAGAUAUUUUGUUUUCUUGCUUGUUGAGGUUUUGGUUUGUCUAUAUAACACUUUACUUUGAUAUUGAAAUAUUUUUAUGUGAACUCUAGUUACUUACUUUUUAUGAAAUCAUAAAAGGCGAGUAAUUCUGUUUUUGUAGAAAUAUUCUUAAGUCUUAUUAACAGAAGUACUGGUCUGCCAUUUCAUAAAUAUUAAGUUAUUGUUUAUGUUUUGCAUAUAUUGUACCUCUAGGGACCUACAGCUUGGAAUGAUCGUCAUAAGAGAGUUCGUAUCUGCGUCUUUUCGAAGUCGUUAGGUACACCAAAAUUUUAUUCCUAUUGUGGUAGUAGGGCAUGUGGAAGUUUCAUGUCAGAAAACAUUGUUAACUACGUAGAAAACGUUUGGAUUUAAAAAGAAAAGCAGACAAAAGACCAUGAGGUUGGCAGUGUGAGCAUAAGGCACGACUGGACUGAGCUUUGUCAGUUAUUUGGGUAAUGAAAUGUGAACAGUUUAAUUGAUUCGAGUACGCAGUACCGGCUCUGUUCACAUUGGGAGGGUGAAGUCUUUCAAAUCUACCGCUAUUCUAAAAAAAAAAACAUGCGGCUGGUUCACAUUGCUUUUCUGUCAACUGGCAUUAAUGUCAUUCUAGAUGAACUAUUUUAUGGCUUAUGUGUGCUUUUGUCCAUCUGGUAUGGUCUUCCGUGAGGAUUCUAAAUGAUGAAUGUUUUAGACGAAAAAUUUGGAAUAAACUGUCUUAUC